AUGGCAUCCGGCUAUCCGGAUAGCCUCCCAGCCCUUCACUACAGUUCUCAUAUGUGUUCUACGCUGCCUCAUCCAAACGACCUCACCGAAGAACCAAAACACUACUGGGCAGUAGUGGCGGGAGUCGAAUCUGGCACAUUUUUGAAUCCCCGUCUACUUUCUAGCCGCUCCGUAGAAGCUUCCUGGAUUGGUGUUAAAAUGCUGGCAGAUCCACUUGAUGAAUGGAUACGGAUCAUUCGAACGUGCAAGUACCUCCCAGAACAUGAGCUUAGUAAGCUCUGUGAUUACGUCAGCGAUUUACUGAUUGAGGAAUGCAACGUACAACCUGUUUCGACGCCCGUCACAGUUUGCGGCGACAUUCAUGGUCAAUUCUAUGAUUUACUGAAACUUUUUCAAGUGGGAGGAGAGCUUCCCUCUACAAAUUACAUUUUCAUGGGAGAUUUUGUGGAUCGUGGGUAUUACAGUCUCGAAACGUUUACGCUUCUUAUGGCGCUAAAAGCCAGAUAUCCUGAUAAGAUUACCCUUCUUCGCGGGAACCAUGAGAGCCGUCAAAUAACACAGGUUUAUGGAUUUUACGAUGAAUGCAUUACCAAAUACGGUAACGCUACUCCCUGGAAGAACUGUUGUAAGGUCUUCGAUCUUCUUACAAUAGCGGCUCUCAUCGAUGAAACGAUUCUUUGUGUUCACGGGGGCCUGUCUCCGGAAACGAAGACGAUUGAUCAGAUCAGGAUAAUCGAUAGGAAUGUGGAGAUACCACACAGUGGUCCUUUGAGUGACUUGCUUUGGUCUGAUCCUGACAACGUUUCCACGUGGACGGUUAGUCCACGUGGUGCUGGGUUUUUGUUCGGCGAGGAAAUUACAGAAAAAUUUGUGACUUUAAAUGGUUUGGACUUCAUAUGCCGAGCACAUCAACUGGUGUUAGAGGGUCACAAGUCAAUGUUCGAUGGAAAACUGAUAACAGUAUGGUCAGCACCGAAUUACUGCUACCGAUGCGGCAACAUCGCCUCCAUUCUCGACAUCCAAACGCCCACAGACUACACCUUCAAGGAUUUCGCCGCCGUUCCAGACACAGAACGUGCUGUCCCGCCUGCACGUAUCACGCCCUACUUUCUCUGA